AUGUCAGCUCCAAUCAACAAAGAAAAAUUAGAACAAGAACCAGAACAACAAAUUCAUAAAAUUAGAAUUACUUUAACUUCAACUAAAGUUAAAGAAUUAGAAGCUGUUUCAAAUAAUAUUAUUAGAAAUGCUACUUCAAACAAUAUUGUUAAAAAAGGUCCAGUUCGUAUGCCAACUAAAGUUUUAAAAAUCACUACUAGAAAAACUCCAAAUGGUGAAGGUUCUAAAACUUGGGAUGCUUAUGAAUUAAGAAUUCACAAAAGAGUUAUUGAUUUACAAGCUCCUGCUGCAACUGUUAAAAAAAUUACUCAAAUCACUAUCCAACCAGGUGUUGAUGUUGAAGUUACUAUUGCUGCUUAA